AUGACCGACCGUAACUCAAAAGACGAAGCGGAUACUUUGUUUUACUUUUAUUACGACUUGGCCAAGAAAAUGGCUUUGAACGAGCCUAGUUUCGAAGUUCUAAAAAUAUCGUCUAGUUGGCUUUCGGCGUUAGAAAAAGUUGGGAAUAAAGAUAUUCGCAAUAGUUACAUAAAACUAUUAGUGUUGGCUUUGCAACAUCCAGAACCGAUGUGCCCUUUCAAGGAUCUACCGCCCGAGACAAUCGAUCCGUUGGAAGACGAGGUUUUUGAAAUGGCGAGGAAAUUCAUGAAAAAAGAAGGUACGGCCACGUGUUCCAACGACUAUAAAGACAGCGCCAACCCUACAAUCGAAACAGCCGUGUCACAUGAUACGUGCACGUAUGCCGCAUCGCAAGUCAUACCCAAUGUGGGAACUCAAUGUUACUUUGCGACAUCGAAUGAGAGCAUUCACGAGUGGUCGAUACCGCCUCAGUUGUCCAUUCCUAAGGAACACAUGCAUGCGAGGUCGUUGGAUUGGGAGAGAACAGCAGCGGGAAUUCAAUUAGAAGCUGUAAUCGCCAUGCCCGCGGAACCCGUGCCAGAAGCUACUACUAACGAUGAUCAGCUAUCCGAAACCGUAAAACCGGAAUUAUCGCCUUGUCGAGUAAUGGACGUUGAACAACAAAACAGGAAUGUCACGGAAAAUUUCACUUGGGCCAAUUCUAGCUUCUUGACAGGCGAAAUAAUACUUGGCGCAGAAAUGUGUUCAGACCGAAAUAUCGAGGCUCAAAUCAAGACACAGUCCGAGUUGGACGAUGAUGUAAUGACUGCACACGAUAAACUCUAUCCCGGCGAUUUUAAAGUACAGCUUGACUCGUCGUUCGUUAGUGAACUGAACAAAGCGAAACACACAGUGACAGAAGCGGGAGAUAUAAACAAUACAAACGAAGGAGACCAUCAAGACUGCAAGUUGAAACAGUACAGCGAAUGUUCAAAACCACCAGCAAACGAAUGUGUUCAACAGACCACUCACUGUGGUCGACAAAGCGCUGGUCAAGAAAUAAUUAGCCCACCUAAAAAGACUUACAAGCAUGUUCCCCUGGGUCCACGUAAGAGUAUUAGUUGCUGCGAGGUAAGCGAGGGAAGAACGUGUUUUAACGAUUCGUCGUCCGAUGAUUUUCCAGCUAUGAAAGGUUCAAAAGAUAUAAUCGACAAUUACAAGCGUCAAUUAGAAAAAACCAUAUCGUAUCAACAGGCGUCGCUGGAAUUCAAACGCUCAGCGAGUGCAGCAGAAGAAUGCUUGGACGGAGUGAAAUCCCUAUUGAGAAUACCGGCGAGAACAAGCAAAAAUGAUGCCGACUUUCGCGAAGAGAGUUUAAAAUUUAGUAAAAACGUGUAA